GCCUGAGCACCUGGCUGUUGGGUUUGGCAUCUCGCUGUACAUGGGCUUCUACCUCCUCUUAUGUUGCUUGCGGGAUUUCGGACUUUGGUUGGCCGAGGCAACAUUUAGCAUCUUGAAGCAGUACCUUUGUGUCACAGCAGUUCUCUUCACCUGUUUAGUGAUGAAAAUGUUCUUGGAGAUAAUCUGUAUCUUAGGAAUUGUUCCAACCCCAAGCCAACAACAGCAACACCAAUGCUGGUUCACAGAGGAAGAGCUGGUCUCAGUACGGCUGGGGCUAGAAGAUAAAGGGAAAAGGAGCAUUUGGACACGUUUACUUAGGGCCACGCUGGGGUGCUUUGUGUGCGUUGAGGCGGUACAGUCCCUUGUGAUGUGUCAGAUCUGACCACCAGAUUGGCACCUGAAACAGGAUCGAGGCUCUUGAGUUCUCUGCCUUUAGCUGCUCACAUUACGAGGAAGAUUAAUCACCUGCUCGAUCGAGCCACAAGUGUAAAUAGUAGCUGCAGGAAUAGAAAAUAGAAAACUGUUGCCAGCAUGACUAGAGAAUAUGAUUAUCUAGCGCCAGUCAGCACAAAGAACACUGGAGGAAAGUGGGGAGCUUGUGUGCUUCUGUUUGGGUUCCACUCUGCCCCGUACGUGGACGGCUGGACGGUGUCUUUUAGACAUCAGUAUGCAGUCGCUCUGGCGGAUGGACGUGAUUUCGAAGGUGAAAAGCGGAGCCUGUGCAGUCAGAAGGAAGUCAAUGCCAGUGAACACUGAUGGGUUGGCCAGGCGGACAAACGGGCAGAAGGUCAGGGCCCAGAAGUUGUUCAGCUCUCAUCGCUACGUGUUUCAUGUGCAAUUUACGAUGUGAUUAAUUUGUUGUUUAUUGAACUGGAGAUAAUGUUACUGUCACGCAUGGUUCUUUACAUCCACCGUGCCAACCAGCUCUGCCCUCGCCAGCCUUCUUUCCUACGUCACAUCCUCCUCAUCUUUCACCUCUCCGUCUCUGCAGACCUUCUCAUAACCUUCUAUGGUGUGUGCACUUUACUCUCUCGCUCUCCGUGAUUACCUGCACCCCCUGCAUCUCCUCUGAAUGCCACACUGCUGUUAUGUCCUGUCCUGUUAACCCACUUGCUUUUGGAAAAUGGGCCCUGCUGUGAGGAUCUCUCUGGCUCUUCUGGUAAUGAGGUGUGAGUGAACCACUUUGCAGCAACUUAACCUCCUGGCUGCAACCCCCACCUUCUUUCCACUCUACCUUAGCGUGUUCGGGCACCGUGGAGUUGUAGAUUAGCAGCCAGCUCCCCGUAACGUCACUGGCUGACGUUCAUCCUGACGUCUCCAAGGAGAAGGCCAACCAUCACGCUUACAUAACACCGAGUAUAUGAUUUUACUUGUAUUUUACUGCUAUUUUGAGAAUUUGGUGUCCUGAGGCUGAAGCCGCUGCUGCACUCUUGAGAAAGGCACCCAAAGUGCUACAGCUGUAUAAAUGAGGGGUUCAGAUGAAUGACAGCUGAUGAGGACACCGCACAAUUGAUUUGUGUUGUUGAGUGCACUUUAAGGUCCAAUGGCUGCAGAUCAACAGUGGGCUUGUGUGCCGUUCCUUCAUGUUCCCUCUCAGCUUAUUUAUGGCCCUAAAUCUGCCUAUCUAUGAGCCUCUAAUCUUCUCAUUAAUCUCCGUUUCAGAUGUGGAUGUUCUCUCCCCCUUGCACAGUGGGCGGUUUUUCGUCACUUCAUAUCAGAGAGAAGGAUGAGAUUGAUGCCGAUCCACUUUAUCCCCUCUCGCUCUACCUCCCACUGCUCUUGACAUCCCAGGCGACCACACAUUUGGAGCCUCCGGCCCCAGCUGUUCGAGCACUUCUAACCUGAAAUGGAGCAAGACCCUUUUCACGACGGGGGUCCGUGCCCCUACAAAACUGAGUCCAACAUCAACAGAUUCUUUUCUGCUGUGUCAAGGGUUCACUCUCCCUGUGUGGCAGAAACACUUUGCUUUGCUGUUGCUGGGACAACUGACCUUGCGUUUUGCUUUUUCAUUGCUUUUUGCCCUUUUCAUUGUUCAGGUAUGAGCCUCAUCCACAGUACCAUGGCUGUCUUUACAGUGUAUGAGAAAGCUGUCAUCAGGUGCGCGUUUCUCACUUCCAGGAACCUGCAGGUCUGUAUUAACCGCUAGCGCUAACCCCGUCCAGACUGUUCCACGAAAAUGGAAACCUUUCCAACAUAAGUCAGUGACGAGCCACCCGACAAACCCUUCCUACCUUAGCCAGUGGUCUUCCCCCACCAGUCAACGUGCCAGUGUCAGUAAGUGUACAAGAUACCAUAGACUUGUGUCGCUGUCUCAGGUACGGAAUUGACAUGUAGCUCCUUUCAGGAGGAACCUCAGUGGCAGUCCAGGUUUUGCUCUUACCAGAGAGCUUUGCUGCCAGUAUUGGCCAGGAUCUUCUCCACAGGAUUUUUUCUUCAGCUUUGGGGAAUGGUCAAGCAACCAUAGAGAGGGUGCUCCUUUGAAGCCCCGAUGAUGGAUGGGUACUCACCAACUGCACCCCUGAGGGAAAAUCCAUCACUCUAUCUGUACUCUUUUAUCCACAGGUCUGUCCAAGGAUUUGUUCAUCUGUCCAUCUGCCUUAACAGAGCUGUAGUGCUUGUUUGUCCUCCCUCGUCUCCCCUCUCUCCCUCCCUAAAAGGGAGAAAUUUUGUCGAGGGAUGACUGAUGGAAUGAGCUGUCAUCACCCAUUGCCACUACCUCCUGGUGUCCCUCCCUUGAGUCUAGAUCAGAUGACCUGCAUUCCUCCCUGCCCAUCUCUGCUUCAUCUAACAUCUAACUGCUCUUUGGAAGCAUAUCAGCUUAACAGGCGUGUCCUUUUUGGUCCCUCACAUUACACAAGUGUUGAUUGUUCACGGAGUCCUUUCACUCGACAAGACUAGCAUCCACACACCUGCUUCAGCACUGUGUGCAAAAUCCAAGUCAGCUUGCUUUGGAGACACUGCACUCUUUCCUUUCCACUACACCCUUCUCUCUGAGGUACUGCACACUUGCUGGCAGUGUGGUAACAGGCUCCUACUUCUCUAGUGUGAAUAAGGAACAGCCCCGUGGGUGACGCAUGCUUGUAGCAAGCGUGCUAGGGCACUGUUCUGUCUGCUCUGGAGGACCGUUGCGAUCGACUGCGGUAAUCCGCCGAUGUCAACAGGGCAGAGCUGCUGUGUGUCGCAAAUUGUCCCCGAGUAGAACUGAGAUGAUCCCGUGAGCUAUCGUGUAACAUACAGCCGUGCUGGACGUUGCACCAGUCAGCACAAAGAACACCGGAGAAGAGAACUGAGAGAACUUGGAUGUGAACGAAUGAAAAUGUAUUUCCCCCAAAUGAGACCACGUGUGUAUUUUGGCCCGUGUUGGGAAUGGCUGCUGGGAAGGCGAGUCGACAGGGAGACGACACGCGUCCGCCUCCAUCGAUACCCUGAUGACACCCGUGGCAAGCCUACGCCUCCUGGGGACUUGACACGGGGUCAUCUGGCCAUUUCUGUGCGUGUCCCGAGACUAGCGGGAUUUCUGAACAUACAUCCCAAUGGCCAGCACCUUCUGUUGAAAUGGCUCGUCACGAAACUGGGAAAGGCCAAUGGUGGAGCCGCCGCAGCAGCGAGCUACCCUACUUACGAGCCCAACGUUCCGGAGCCGCAAAGCCGAGAGGAGCUCCUAAAAUACUGGCUCCCGCUCUCGCUAGAUGACAGGACUGCCCAGAAGCUGCUCUGGAUCUCCGAGGGGACGCGCAAGGUGUCCCGUAUGUCAGAGGACGUGUGCCCCUACCUGGACAGGCCCGAGCGAUACGACCACUCUCCACAGGUGCUCUGCAAGGAGAACCUAUGGGGCUCACGGGGCUACUGGGAGGUGGAGUACACAGGCUGGGUGGUGAUCGGCAUCGUGUGUGAGGGUGCUCCCCGAAGAGCUCAGGAUGGGGCCUGUGGGAUCGGGGAGAAUGACAGGUCCUGGGGUCUGGGCUGGGCCGGAUCGUGCUACCAGGCCUGGCACAACGGAGAGAACGUGGACAUCGAGGCCAAGGCGUGCUCCGUGAUCGGGGUCUAUGCGGACCAGCCGGCGGGCAUCCUCAGCUUCUACGCGGUGGAGGGCCAGGGCGACUCCAAAGCCGUCAAGCUGCUGCACAGAAUGCGAGUACCAGCGACGGUCGAGCUUGAGAGUAACAGCCAACACAUUACUACAGCACUGAUGUGACUAAACACUCUGGCUGGAGUUUCUCAUUGCUGCCUUGUUUCAUUUCAUACGUGCCACUGAGUGAGGAUGUGGUGGUGAAAUGAACACACGCAGUUAUGAAUAAACGUACGUAUGCCGAGAGAUCCCUGUUGAUUCAUCCUGGGCUUUUCAUAGUGGUAGUGGGGAAGGCAGCAAAAGUCACUUUGUUUCUCUGUCGGUCUGUGCCUGUCAAGCAUGGCCCUAAGGAUGUCAUGACUACCAUCAACUGCCUCUGUAUACAAGGGAUAUUUAACACCGGAAGGGGAUACACACAUCUGUCAGAGCACUGGUCGCUCCUCUCACACACAAAUGGUAAGGUGAAUCCUCCCAAAAUUUUCUGCCAACAUCACGAUCGAGAUGAAUUUCCACUGACAA